AUGAUCAGCCGGCACCCAUUUCUAUAUCUAGUGCUUAUACAGGCUUUCGCAAAGCCUUGCAUAGACGCCGCAAAUAUUCUGGGGCUCUACAGCAGUCCCACUUUCUCGCAUUUGAUUGUGCACAUGUCCGUGGUGAAGGCACUGGCGGAUGCGGGCCACAACCUUACGGUCGUCACGGCACUAAGCCCCGAAAUCGAGCCGCAUGAGAAUAUCACAAAUGUGCUGAUCCCACCGAAUCCCAGUACUUUGAAAAUAUAUAACGAAGUAUUGGCGGAAUUUGUCGCUGAAGAGUUUUCCAUGAGCUCGCACAUAUACAAGGUUCUGAAGAGUUCCCAAAAACUGGUGGAUACCCACUACGAGUUUGCAGUGCAUCCCAAGCUGAAGGCCAUCUACGACACUCCCGACACCCAUUUUGAUUUGGUCAUAUUGGGAUAUUACUUCAAUGACUUUCAAUUGGGCAUUGCUGCCAAGCUAAAUGUGCCUGUGAUUGUGGACUGGGUGGGAGUCCCCAUUGAAAUGAUGGACGAUAUUGUGGGCAAUACAAACGAUCCGGCCUAUGUACCGCAUUUAAAUAUGGUCCGACCUGCUGGUGAGCGUACAAUGGGCUUUGGACAACGAGUGAAGAACUAUCUGUUGUGGCUGAUAUUCAAAGUUUGCAAUCCCAUAUUGAAACACUACAUGGAGCGUUACUAUAAGCUUGCUUUUGGCAACGAUUCGAAACUUCCGAGCUAUCAGGAAAUGCGCAAACGUAUCUCUUUAGUUUUCUACAACUAUCACUCGCAUAGUGAGGGUCCUGUACGUCCUAUUGUGCCCGCGAGCAUUGAAAUAGGUGGCAUUCAAAUCAAGGAGCAGCCGGAUCCAUUGCCCACUGAUAUAGCCGACUUUCUUGAUAAUGCCAGUGCGGGUGCCAUAUUCUUUAGCUUGGGCACACACAUCCAUUCAUACCUCAUAAGGCCUGACAUUGUGGCGACCAUUUUCAAAGUGUUCUCGUCCUUGCCACAGCGCAUCAUUUGGAAAUGGGAUCGAAUGGACAAUUUACCGGGCAACUCUUCCAACAUACUCUACAGGCCGUGGUUGCCACAGGACGACUUACUGGCCCAUCCCAACAUGAAGCUGUUCAUCACACACGCUGGCAAGGGCAGCAUUGCGGAGUCCCAGUUCCACGGUGUUCCCAUGCUGGGUGUGCCGAUCUGGUGUGACCAGCCUGGCAAUGCAGACGCUAUGGCUGCAGCGGGUCUGGGAGUAACAUUGGAUUUUCUAAAAAUUACCGAAGAAUCCUUGCGAGCGGGUAUACGCGAGGUGUUGGAUAAUGACACAUAUCGUGAGAAUGUGCAACGCUUUUCAAAAAUGUAUCGGGACAGGCCUAUGACAGCACGUCAGUCGGUGGUUUAUUGGACGGACUAUGUGUUGAGGUAUAAGGGCGCGUACCAUCUGCAAAGUCCUUGGGUGUAUAUGAGUCUGAUGGAGCGUUAUAAUCUGGAUGUACAGGCAGCCCUGUGGCUGGUUUUAGUCUCUGCUUUAUUUGUACUGAGCUAUGUAGUGAGAAAUGUGAGACUUGUAAUAUCUUAUCAGAGGUACCUUCUCAGCCGCUUCAAGACUGGCAAGUUUCCAAUAACAAUAUCUGUUCAAAGGGAAAAGGGAAAAUUGAAAACCAACUAG